GUUGAAAUUAAUUGUAAAGGAAAAUCACAGUUUUCAUUGAAUGUACGAUCGGUGUUUGAUGUUGUACCAGUGAAUGAGGUGUGGAGCUUGAUGUUCAAAGUACGCAACCUUAAGCGUUUGGAAGUUUAGUUAGCCGAGGUGACACCAACAUAUUACUGUAUAGCUAACGUUGGCUAGCUAAUGCGUGACGUCUUUCGGAUGACUCCAAUACCCUUGCCUAUUAAACCUUUCUAUGUCCCCCGCCACACCAGCCUGGAAACAGUGAGCCUAUUCCAGUCCCGGAAACCCCGACCAUGUGGCCCGUGUUAUGGAUGUCCAUGAGGACCUAUGCCCCCUACGUCACCUUCCCAGUGGCUUUUGUGGUCGGGGCGGUGGGGUACCACCUGGAGUGGUUCAUCAGGGGUGACGCCGUCCCUAAUCCGAGGGAGGAGAAGAGCAUUGUGGAGCUGAGGGAGGAGAGGAAGCUGGAGGAGGGGGCUGGACGGGAUGGCACCCAAGUCCUCAGUCUCAAGGAGAAGCUGGAGUUCACCCCACGGGCAGCACUGGACCGCAACCGACCUGAGAAGAGCUAACCCUGCCUGGGUGGACGGAGGACGGUCAACUCCCUCUGGCGCUGGAGCCCUGGGCGUAAGGGGCUCACCAAAGAGAUUUUCAAUAAUCUUCUGUUCAGCAUACACACAUUGGCCAGGCUUUCUCCCACAUGCUUGCCCAAACUACUGCAAGCUGUUCUGAAGACAUUAUGGUCAUGGCCUCCUGUGUAACUGGGACUGGAGGGUUCUGGGAUUUUGGGGGUUUAUGUGGUCUCUCCACCCCGUUCUCCCUCUAGACUUCCAAAACACCCACUAUAAUCAUGUUCACUAAAUAAAAAAAAAGUCGUCUCUUUAUAAAAAUGUAACGUGUAAGUCCCUGGUCACUCAAACGGCUGACUGUGGCUUUAGCUGGUGGUAACUUCUGACUUCAUUGUCUGGCGUCCUGUUCUUGGACCUCAUUGGCUGACAUCACUGUUGAACUCGUGUGUGGAGUCGUUUUAGAGGCUGAAUAUUCACACCUCAGAUUGGAUUUGUGAUUCUGUCUCACACACACACACACAGGCUACUGGUUACUCAUGUUUCAUAUGAUCCGCUGCACCACAUAAAGUCAUAGGGAGACUGAUUAUCUCUAUUUUAAAGCGUCGCGUGUUGGUCCCUUGUCACUCCCCACUGGUGCCUUUAGGCUAGUGAGUUUCACAGCUCAGUUCGGCUCCUCACAUGACCGAAGAAAGAACAAAGGGCCCUUAGUGUGCCAGAGUGAGGCUUCCAGGGUGUCUUCAUGUUUUAAAAAUCUCUUAAGACUGUCGAUGUCAUCAAACAACUAAAGCCAAUUUCAGGCGAGUGCUGAGGUAUUACAGAUGUUGAAGAAAAGGACCUAAUCAGAUGGCUUUGAGAUGUCUUCUCCUUUAAUCCUCUGUUAAAUUAAAAUGAGUUCCAGUCAGCGUGCGUGACUGGGGGGGGGGGGGACAUUUGUGUUUGUUCUCGUUUUGUCGUUUUGCCUCAUUGCUUUGUGGCCUUUUCUGUUGCUGGGAUUUAAUACAAAGAAUGAAUUGGCCUAUCAGUAUGUCUGAGUUGGCUCAAACUCAAUUAAAAUGAACUUGGUAUGCUUUCAUUUUGGAAAGUUUGGAAAGGUGCAUUGGUGCACGUAUGAUUAAAAUGCAUGAUUUUAAAGCUGCAAA